CAAGAUGAUGCAUAUUCUGAAGUGAGUAGAGUGAUUUGUGAAAAUAAGUACUGCCAAAUGAACCUUAGCUCAUUUUUUAGAUUUGUAUCAUUGUAUUCAACACUAUGGAGUAUCAACCUUGUAUUGGCAGAUAAAUCAUUUCAAUGCGUUGUCAACACGGAUAACAAGUGCAUUUUCCAGUUCAUCAAUGUAAAUGCAGCCGAAAACAGCGCACUUUCUCUCAAACUGCCAAAAGCAUCCAACACUUCAGCAGUCAAGUUUAUCAACUCAACCAUCGAUAUCGUCACACCUACCCUUUUUAAUUCUAUGAAUGGAGUUCGCGCAUUGGAUUUGUCUGGCGUGCAGUUGAAAAAGUUCCAUCACGAUGCACUUCAAAGCUUCGAAUCUCUGGAAAUAGUUGACUUUUCCAAUAAUUUGCUUACUGAGUUACCACCGGGAGUGUUUGCUGAUGUAAAUCAAUUACGCGACUUGGAUAUCUCUCACAACAAUUUGCUAUAUUUGGAGCGAAAUAUUUUCGAAAACUGUCCAGAGCUCAGGCGCUUAGAACUGUACGGAAACGCAAUCGCUGAGAUUAAUCGGGAGCAUUUUUGGAUUCCUCGAGAGUUGGACUAUUUGAGCAUAGGGGAUAACCAGAUCGAACGUUUGCAAAGUGGUACUUUUAGGCUGCUGAGGAAUCUCACUGCAUUAGGAUUGAGAGAAAACUUUCUGCGAGAGCUAGGGCACGAUGUAUUUCAAGGUUUAGUAUCUGUAGAACAGUUGGAUGUAUCCGACAACUUGAUUGGGCGUGUUAGUCCUGGCACGUUUCAAGGACUUAGUAAUCUGAAGGUUUUAAUGUUAUCUGGCAACUUCAUAAAUACACUUCCCAUUGGAUUAUUUAAUAAUUUAAAACAGUUGAGUGAACUGCAUUUGCAAGGUAACGAGAUAAAACAUAUCAAUGAAAAUAUGUUUCACGGGAUGGUGAACCUUCGAAUAGUAAACUUAAAUGGGAACUGCUUGCUAGAUAUUCCACCAAAUUUGUUAAUAAGCCAAGAUACUUCAAUUGAUCUAGACGUGAGUCAGAAUAAAUUGGUCUCAAUACCACCGAGAAUCCUAACCAAAAUGGGUGGUGAUGUAAAAUUGCAGAACAAUCUAAUAGACGUUGUGAGAUCUAAUACAUUCAGAAAGGCGACGAAUAUUUCCACAAUUAUGUUGUAUGGAAAUAAAAUAACUGAGUUAGAAGAUGAUUCAUUUGAUGGGCUGCUCAACCUUUCGGAGCUCUACCUUGAUUACAACCAGCUCAAUGAAAUUCCGAUCACAUUAUUCAAAGCAAAUCCUAAGUUAGUUCAUAUUACAUUGUCCCACAAUUAUUUGAGCACUUUACGAAGCAAUUCUUUUGCUGGGCUGUUUCAACUAAAUUCGGUGGAAUUAUCUUUCAACAAGAUUGAAUACAUCGAAGAAGGUGCGUUUUAUGGAUCAGCAAUUACAUUUUUAAAUCUUGAAAACAACUUUAUGCAAGAAAUCACACAAGAUACUUUCAAAGGGCUUAAACUAGUUUAUCUGAAUUUAGCGGGUAACAACAUAAGACAAAUCAAUGAAAUUUCAUUCCAAAACCAAGAACUUAUUGAGGGUCUAAACAUGAAAGAUAACAUUAUUAUCGACAUUCAUGAAAAUAGUUUUAACAAUUUACUACGAUUGCGAGAACUAGAUUUGACGAACAACUCGUUGUACGAAAUCUCUUCGAAAGCAUUUGACAAGUUAGUGUCAUUGGAAUCGUUGAAACUAUCACAGAAUCGUUUGACAACAUUAGAUGUUGCGAGUCUUGCACGAAUGUCUGUUCUAAGUCAUCUUGAAAUAGAUCAGAAUCAGAUUGAUAAAUUUGGUGAUAAUACUCAAAUCCCUUCGUUGCUGCAGGUUCAAUAUUUGCAAAUUAGUUCUCAAAAUUUAUCUCACUUAAAUCGUACUGCCCUUAAAACACUAGAAAUAAAUAAUUUAAAAGUUGAAACUGUAGAUUCUGGUCUCCUUGAAGGCAUGCUUAACUUGGAGGAGCUGUCUCUUUCUGAAACAAAUAUUUCGCAAUUUUCAGAUCAUUUUCUUUUCAGUUUAAAGUCUUUGAUAAAACUUUCAAUAACAAACAACAAGGUGCAAAAAUUUCCUUUGAUGUUCUUCGAUGAGUGUACCAAACUACAAUCAUUAGAUUUGUCUCACAACAGGCUUUUAGUUGUUGAUCCAAGAUGGCUUCGACAUAUUACAGAACUUACGUUUAUAGCUUUAACAGGAAACCGAAUCUCACAUAUUCUACCAGACACAUUCAAUCAACUUCCUGCACUAGAAAUACUAUCUCUUGGGUCUAAUAGCAUUCGUCAUAUUCCAGAGGAUAUGAAAAUUUUGUCGUUGAAGCAUUUGAAUGUCUCUUGGAAUCAAUUGGAUUGGAUUGAAAGCAGUAUUUUCCCAAAUCUACCGAAUCUUCAAGAACUGGACAUCAUGGGAAAUUUUCUCACUGAUUGUUUUAUAACCGACCACUUACGUCUAUUGAUUGCCUCUAAUAACCGAAUAUCUCGCGUAGUUUUCGAUGCUUCUGGAAUGUUUCCUCUAAAAACUCUAUACUUGAACAAUAACAAAUUACGCAAUGUUGAUGCCUUAUUCAGUCUUUCCAAACUAGAAUCACUUGAUCUUUCAAGUAAUCAACUGCAAAACUUCGACCUGCACCAGCUAUAUAAAUGGAAACAUCUUACUUCACUGAACAUAUCGUCAAUUGGAAACAUUAGGAUGCCUGUGGAAGAAAUGAAACCCACAAGCUUAGUCGGGAUUGAUUUAAGUAAUAAUCAUAUCAAUGAUUUGUCAGUCGACUUCCUCCAAGCAAUUCCACGGGUAAAUGAAUUACACACUGUAGGCAAUCGCAUAGGCAGAGCAACGUUGCAAAACAUAAAAAAGUAUCUGCAUCAUCUAAUUCACCUGGAAAUGGAUGAACCGAUGGACAAUGAUGAAAGGGAAGGUGAAUAUGUAACAACUGAGGAAUAUAAAUGAGAGUAAGAAGACUGAAGAUCAUAACUAAAUCCUGAUUAGUACUCUUAUAAUUUCUACAUAAUUGAUCCUUAAAAAUCUGUAUAGAAUCAUUUAUUUCAAGAAAUAUGUUAGAUUUGGCUUAACAUUAUUUUACCACAUAAGAUUUUGUGUUUCUACAAUUAGAUAAAACAUCAGAUUAAUUUUUAGUCCAGCAUUAUUUCAAUAGGUUUCGUAUCGAAAAUUAGCAAACAAAUAAAUGAUUAAAUAAAAG